GCGAUCGGUCGACCGACCCUAGGGCACUCCAGAAUUUUCUAUUUAUAGAUCUGUGCAACAUCUCAAAUUCUCAACCAUUCGCGAAGAGAGGCCAGUGCUUAUUUUCCAAAAAAAAAAAAAAACACAUUCGUGAAGAGAAAUGAAGCAUAUGCUGAUGUCCCGCAUGAGCAGCGAUGCCAUGGGAAAACGCCGAUUGAGGAAAACGCAUAUUCAGCUGAAGAGGAGGAAAGCCAAAGAAAUGGAGUCAAAACUCCAGAGGCUGAGAGAGGAGAUGCAAGAAAUUGGUGCCGAACAAAGAAGUAUAAGGGAAGGACAAAGACAAGUAAGAGAAAAAUUUGAAGCCAUUGAAGCCGAAUGCCAGAAGCUUAAGAGAGAAACUAGACUCGUCAUCCAGCAGAGCGCUAGAAACAAAAUCCGUCUGGCCAUUAUGUUUAGGAUAUUUAAGGCACGCGAAGAAGGUGACUUUGCAAAGGCAACGGAACUCACUAGGUUACUCCGUGAAAUGGUUGUGAGGGACAAUCUGCUAAAUGAGGGCACCAGCAAGUGAUGAAUGAAAAGCUUAAGUUUAAGGUUUUAGGGGAAGUGAAGGGAAGAAAGAUCGGGAAAGCAAAGGGAAUAUGGCCGUCAAGCAGCACUUGAGGCAAGUUGCUAGAAGCUCGAGAAUACUCUAGUCUAGUGCUACAUGAGAUUUUUUUUCUAAAAAAUAACAGCAGCAUAUAAUGAACACAAUAGUGGUAUGAGUUAAAGUCAUUCUCGGUGCUAUGAAGCAUUCUAGCUAAAUUUCCUUUACCUAUCUCAUCUUUUACGGAAUCGACCCUUUUAUAAGAAUACGUGGAGUUCAUGUCUUGAAGUACAAUAGAACAUUCUUUUGCUG